AGAACACAACAAUGGCUGCUCCUCGUGGACGUCUCCAAGGCAAGAAUGCCAUUAUCACCGGUGCUGCAGGUGGCAUCGGUCUCGAAACCUCCAUCCUCUUCGCCCGCGAAGGCGCCAGCGUCCUCAUGGCCGAUAUCUCCGAACCCGCCCUCGAGAAAGCCCAGGCCAAGCUGAAGGAAGUCGUUCCCACAGCUCCCCGUGUCGAAACAAUCAAGUGCGACGUCUCCAAGGAAUCUGACGUGCAGCGCAUGGUGGGCUCGCAGGACAGCUGGGGUGGAACGGACGUCAUUUUCAACAACGCCGGAAUUAUGCACGCCGACGAUGCUGAUGCCAUUGAUACUCCUGAGAAGAUUUGGGACUUGACUCAGAACAUUAACGUCAAGGGUGUGUGGUUUGGUUCCAAGCAUGCUGUGCAGAGUAUGCGGAGGAACAAGAAGACGAGGGGUAGUAUUAUCAACACGGCGAGUGUGGUGGCUUUGGUUGGUGCUGCUACGCCGCAGUUGGCGUAUACUGCUAGUAAGGGUGCUGUUCUUGCGAUGACUCGUGAGUUGGCUAUUGUGCACGCUCGUGAGGGAUUCCGUUUCAACGCCCUCUGCCCUGCUCCUUUGAACACCCCCCUUCUUCAAGACUGGCUGGGCGAUGACCAGGCCAAGCGUUUCCGUCGCGAGGUUCACUUCCCUACCGGCCGUUUCGGUGAGGCCAUCGAGCAGGCCCACGCUGUCGUCUUCCUCGCCAGCGACGAGAGCAGCUUCGUCAACGGAACUGACUUUGUUGUUGACGGUGGAAUGAGCAAGGCAUAUGUCACCCCCGAAGGACCUGCGUUGGCCGCUCCUCAGAACUUGGGACAUUAA